AUGCUUGGGGAGCGGCACUAUUGGCAUUUACGUAAUAACAAAGUUGACGACUUUGUAUGGCUGAUAAUGGGAUUUUUCUUUUAUCAUUUUAAAGGACUUCAUAAUAUCCUCAAUAUUAUUGCUGUUACUGCGGAGGAAGAUCGUAUGCCUAAUAGGCCACUAUUGGCAUAUUUGAUAAAGGAUCUUUUCACACUCGGCAAAAACCGUCACGAAAAAGUCCAUCAUAAUUUAGGACAAAAGUUUCAGUUGAUACGUAACUUCCUGGAUAUGGAUCAUGAGGUAAGAAAUGAUUUCUAUAGCUUAUGUAGGUUUUGA